UCAGACUACCGCUAUUCCCGGAGUAUGGGUGUCACCGGAUCACGUCAGUAUGGUGUGGUGCAAGCAACUUGUGAUGGCAAUAAACCGAUAUCUCUUUGAUAUCGUCGACAUAAAUACGAUGCAAAUAUCAGAAAACCCGCAACUCUUAAUGGCUAAAGCACGUCAAUAUUUCGAGGCAAAUCGUUCGAUGACUCUGAAACCAGAUAUAGUCCGUCCAGAUGUUAUUUUGCCAGCUGACGCAUUUUGGUAUGAAGAUAAUCGGAGAAUUUAUCAAAUAAAACGACCUGAUAUUGACAAGGUAACUUUCUUAAUGAUCCGUUUGGCGAAGUUUCCUCAGAAUAGAUUUGUUGCGAUUGAAACGGUUAACGUGAACGACAAGGAUUGGAUAUUCGGAUGCAACGCGGCGUUCACACACAACACUUAUAGACAUUGCAAACAAGCCACUUCAUUAUCAGAAUUAAGUCGAUGGAGUGGUUCAGCGAAUGAAUCUGAACGUAGGAAGUUGGCAACAGUAGACCUGCAUGCUCUAAAACAAGCAUACCCUGGCUGGUCGCAUGUCGUUGUUAGAGUAUCUCCAACUAAGAAACCGGUAAGUAAAAUAUAUAGUUUUACUAAUAUUGUAAAUCCUUUAGAUGUAUGGAUGGAUGUUGGUAUCUCCCGAACGGUUUAGUAAAUCUAGAUGAAA